AUGGCGUCCCAAAUCGAGAGCCACCGCUCCGGCGCAGAGGUCGUCAGCGGAGACGACGCCAUGUGCAGGAAGAAGUCCGUGGAGCUGCUGGAGGAGCUCGGCCUCCCCAAGGGCCUCCUUCCAAUGGAGGACCUCCAGGAGUUCGGGUACAACCGUGCCACAGGGUUCAUGUGGCUGGUGCAGCCGAAGAAGGUGGAGCACACGUUCAAGAAGAUCAAGCAGACCGUGUCAUACGCGCCCGAGGUGACGGCCUUCGCCGAGAAGGGGAAGCUGCGGAAGAUCACCGGCGUCAAGACCAAGGAGCUGAUGCUGUGGCUAAGUGUGGUCGAGGUGUAUGUUCCAAAGGCGUCGCCGGAGAACGUCACCUUUAAGACCGGCACUGGCCUCUCCGACAGCUUCAACGCCGCUGCUUUCGCACUCGGGGAGUAA